GCGCACCUUCUUUUCUGCCUACAUUCUUCUGCUUGAAUCUUGUUUCAACUUCAUUGCUGCAGGAUCAGUUUAGUGUGUGUCGGCAGAGGUUAGCAGCCCUGGUCACAUGUUUUCAGCUGUUGCUUUCACUUUGGCACUUUGGCACUUUUUUCUUGUUUCCUCUGCCGGUCGCCGGUUCAAGUGCUGCGGUAUCUGCGUCUUUCUCAGUCUCAGAUCACAACAUAAAGACAACGUCUUUCAUCUCUAGCUUGGAUCCAGUCUAGCGGUUAGCCUCUCAGUCCCUGUUCACUGGCUUGUGAAGUUAGAAGAACACUUUGGCCCACGAGGGAGACAUUCUAAACUUAGUGCUUACAGUCUGGGCUCAGGUUACAAUGCUUCCCUCUCUCUCCCUGACAGUGGCACAGCUGAGGAACAGAUUUCCUAUCCCUGAUGGAUGUUAGAGAUGUCCGUCUUUGAUAAAACACAGUUCCCACAGUCAUAAUGCCGCCAACAUUACAAUAGAAAUAAUGUGUAAUUGUAACAUAUGGUACUCUAAUAUACAGCAUUGGAGGUUAUGUCUGCAUGCACGACUUUACUGCUGCUUUGGAGUUCAAAGGACUUUAUAAAAGCAUAAUAAAAUGCUUGUCUUGAGAACUUCUACAGCCGUUCAGAGUUUUAUUAGAUUGUGCUGACUAGACAGUCAAAUAGGAGACGCUGUUCUAGAGAUGUGCUGCUAUAUAGCUGCAGGCUAUUUACAGCUGGAAAAAGACCAGCACAAAUUCCAUUAGCUCCUAACAGACUCUGUUCUGGCACAUCCGCUGAGAGUGGAGAUCACUGUCCUCUCCAGACACAUAUGUGUACCGCUUAGACAUAGUCAGCAAAAUGAAAGAAAGACAGAGAGUGUCGGGCUCAUUUCAGGAGCUGGGAGGACAGUCGGGUGAUGUUCACCUUGCGCUUUAUACAGAGUCGUAUGUUGAGCUUCAGGUGUUACAGUGACGCUGGCAUCUCCUGAAUGCGCUCCCAAUCUUUUCCCACUAACACGCCCGUGGAGCACCGAAGCCACUAGAUGGUGCUAAAUAUCCGGAUCCUUCCUCUCCAGCACUUGCCACUGGAGGUUUACACAGGAACUUGGAUAAAAAUAAUAAGAAUGUCCUGGCAUGGGAAGUGCUGAUUGUCGUGGGCACCGUGAGAUGCUGGCACGGCUGGCCUGGAGCUGGCAGCAUGAGUGCUGCCUCUGGAGAGGAGGAAUAGAAAUCCAGAGAUUAGAGACGGACACGCUUCACACACUGGGAUCGGGAUGCCUGCUGUGCUGUUCUCAGUGUGGUUGUAGUCUUUGUAGUCUUAGUUUUAUUGUGUUACAGCCAGAACCAUAGCACUCAUUUUACAGAAUUCCUACACGCACACAGACACAAACACACACACACACACACACACAUGCCUGGCAUGCAGUGACACGGACCAACCUACACCAGCAUGCCAAGAGCAAGACUUGCAUUGUACGUUAAAUUCACACAGUGCACAGACCAGCCAGAGAGAGGAAGGGGGUGAGAGAGCGAGAGAGAGAGAGAGAGAGAGAGAGUGGGAGAGAGGGAGAGAGAGAGACAGAGAGACGGAUGUGAAGAGUAAGAGAGUAAACACUCAAGAUGCAGACACAACGGCAAAGAGAGUAAGAGUGCACAGGAAAGGGAGAGAGGUGGGAAGCACUUCCAGAGAGAGAACAGCUUCUCUGCUGGCCAACAUUCACUGCAGCUAACGCGGCUCCCUGUCAGUGCCGGGCCCGGCGACUCUGAGCGGGCGGGUUCAUCGUCCACGCCAUGGCAUGCGGGUGCUGCUCAUGCCUCGUCUCCUGUCUCAGAACCUGCUUCUUGCUUUCAGACAUAUCAACUGCUGGACUUGAUGCUUUAUGGGACGAGCCCCCAUACACAAUAACCGGAGCCAAUGAGCUCAUUCCAGGAAAUGAUGUCAUGGCCACUGGAGAGGAGGAAGUGCACAGUGAGGUGGAGGUGGAGGAUGAGGGGAUCACUGGAGAGAGUUACUGGAAGAGGAAGGAAACCCUCAGCAAGACCAGCUCCAUCUCCCUGCCCGUGGGCGAGCGCUUCUCGUCAGACGUGCUACUGCUGUUUAGGGGGAGGAGGAGGUCAACGCUGCAACCUGACAGUAACCUGCAGGAGGCGCUGCGCACCAGACUGAGGGUCGUCGAGAGUAACAGCCAAGAUGUCAUUCAGCUGUUUAAAGAUCUGUCCGCGCGGUUGGUUUCAGUGCAUGCGGAAAAAGACCACUUUGUUGUCACCUUCAAGACCGUGGAGGAAAUCUGGAAGUUCUCCACGUACCUGGCUUUAGGAUAUGUAGCAAGGUGCCUAGAGAACUUCCUGUGUGAUGAAUCUUUCUGGCUGGACCCUGUGAUGCUCAGCGAUGUGGAGAUCUGUGUGACUGUGGACGAAGAACACCUGGCGCGCCUGUACCUGGGACUCCUUCUGCAGGAGGGUUCAUUCUUUUCCAAAGCUCUGCUGACUCAUGAGCUCCCCCAGGAGGAAGAGGAACUGGCCUACAGGAAGAACGACCUUGUCAUGGUGAAAGACACCGGGCAUGAGACGGUGUGGGAGGGCACACUGCUCUCCAGUGGCAAACAUGGCCUGGUGUCUGUUCACAUCAUGCAACCCCUGCCAUACCCUUUCUACCAGUGGUUUCUUAGGAAGUACCCAGGCAAUGCGGGAGGGGUCUCAUCUGCAAAAGGCCUGUUUGACCAGCCUAUAGUAACCGGCACCUGUGUGGCAAUAGUAGACUAUUAUCCGACAGUUAAAGAUGAACUGCACUUCAGUCAAGGAGAUUUGAUAGAGGUGGACGGCAUGCUCCUCAGUUCCAUGAACCUGUUCAUAGGACGACACCUCUCCAGUGGACACAUAGGGUUUGUCCACAAGACCCACGUGAAACCUGAGAAUAUCAAACCACUCGACAGACAAUUGGUCUUUCUGAGCGAGGAGGAGAGAGUGGCUCUCUCGCAGUUUAACCCCUGCCAUGAACAAUGUCACACUGGACUGCUGAACAAACUCUUCUCCACUGACAUCAGCACUGUGUACAGAUUAGAUCGACUGGACAGCUCAGAUUUCAAUUAUAUCAGAAACCAAGCACAGAAACCCCCAGUGGAUUCCAGGAAGAGCAUUAUAUCCACCAUUUCGGAGAAAAGCGAUACACCUCCCUACCAUUCCUCCCCACGCCCGUCUUUCUACACGUCUCAGAGUUACCUGGAAAGGGAUCACGAGGUGCUCUCCUUCAACCUGGAGGACACUUUCCGAGAGAUGGACGAAUAUGAGGAGGACCCGCCCAACUACGUGGACGAAGGCGUCUGGGAAACCGAAGAGAUGGAGUGUGUCGACCCCAUUCUGACCCUCCUCAAUCUGGAUCACUUUGAGGACUCUUUCCGGGCACUCUAUGACCUCUCCUACUCCUUCCUUGACACGGUGUUCGAGGGCCUUCCAGAGGACGAGGUGCUCCUGCACCUGGAGAGUUUGCGGGAAGGAGCAAAGAAAGGGAGCUUGCUGUGGGCUCAUCGCCGGGCCUGCUUCCUUCUGGGCAGGCUCUCCGCCAAAAAGCUGAAGUACUCGCAGGCUCGGGUCUACUACGAGGAGGCCCUGAAGAUCCCCGUGGAUGGCUUUGAGGACAAAGCGCUGCUGAUCGCUCUUUACACCAACCUUACCGCCGUCUACCUCAAGCAGAGGAUGACAGAUAAGCUCCCCGAUACGUUGGAGAAAGCCAGUGCUCUCAUGCUCUGCCUUCCCUGCCACAGCUUCUGCUCUCUGGAUGAGUUUGAGCUGCUGAAGCCGAUUCUAUGCAAAGCCGUGGUGGACAAUGACCGGCACCUGGAAGCGAGGACGUGCUAUCUUGUUCUUCGCCUCUUCCUGCUGCAGAGGAAGGUGGAGGAAGCGUUGCCAUUUGUGGAGAGACUUCAGUUCCUCACCAUCACUCUCUCAGCAGAGGAAGAGAGACCCGUAGGGCCAGUGGACCUUAACUGGAUCUUGUGCAGGCUGUACCAUAAAAAGUACUUGCCUUACCUCGCUUUGGCCUCCCUCAGCCUAGACUCGGGCCAGGACCAUUCCUUGGAUGAUGCCUUCCAGAAGGUGGAGCUGUUUAUUAAGAACUCACUCAGGCUGAAUCCUCAGUGGAGGGAAGGCAGCAGCUUGCCCCCAGCCCAGGUUGUCAUUUACCUGCAACAAGCCUUGACCAUUGCCAGCUGUGGAGAGGACCCGAGGACCCAGAGGGAUCUGUGCCUGUGUCUGGCCAAUGUGUACCAGCAGUACGGCGCCCUGGAUAAGGCGGUGCCCUACGCCCAGCAGGCCGUGCAGGCCGGAGGCCGUGUGAAUGAGGAGGAGGGUUUCGAAGCAUCGGUGCUGCUGGCCUGGCUCCUGGUGCUGAACAAUGAACCAGAGAGGGCCCUCUCUACUCUGAAACCCCUUCUCCAGUCUCUUAAUGAGACCGACAGCCCCACGCAGCGCGGAGUGGUCCAUAACCUGCUGGCCUUGUGCCUACGCAAACGGGGUGAUGUUAGGGAGGCGGCGCGGAGCUUUCAUUGUGCGCUGAAGAUUUCGCAGGAGAGCGGGAACAAGCAUAACGAGGCGCUGGCCCUGUCGAACCUGGGCUGCCUUGCUUUGUCUGUAGGGGCUCCAGUCCUGGCAGAGAGAUUCCUGAUGCGAUCCCUGCACCUCUUCCAGUGUCCUGACAGCCCAUCGGAUGAAGAGCAUGUGCAGGCCCUGCUGUGGCUGGGCAGAAGCUAUAAGGACAGACGAGGAGGUCAAGAGGUCAGGCUUUGCUAUGAGCUGGGACUUCUGAUCGCAAUCAGCGCCAAAAAUCUGCACAGUCAGAUGGUUGUGGCAAAGAGGCUGAGUCGCCUCUAUGCCGACUUGCUGCUCUAUGGGCAGUGCAUCAUCUAUUACGAGCACUGUGUGGGUCUGUCUAGACAGAUGAAGGAUAAACGACAGGAAGGAGAGUACCUGGAGAUCCUGAGCAGCCUCUACCUCUCACUCAACACCGAGAAGUCAUCAAGGAAGUCUCUGGAUUAUACCAAGCAAAGCUUGAGGAUUUCCAUAGACUUGGGGAAGAGAGAGGAGGAAUCUGAGAUGUGGCUCCAGGUGGGACGCAUAUACUACCUGAUUCAGGAGGACGAGCUGGCUGACAUGUACCUCCAGGCAGCAGUGACAACAGCGCUAAGGAUGAAUGACCCUCACUUCACCAUGAACAUCUACGAAGAGGCCGGAGACGUCUUCUUCAAAGGACAAAGAAACCGAAUGGCAGCACUGCCGUUUUUCAGAGACGGUGCGCUGCCGUUUGCGAGGAGCAUCAGGGACGUGCACUCUGAGUUCAGGCUGCUGAAUAAACUGUCCGAACUGCUUCUGAGCCAGGGCCAGCAGCAGGAGGCCCUGCAGUAUGCCACCCUCGCAGUGCAGAUCAGCCCCAGCACCGGUGCGAGUCUGCAGGAGAGGGUGGCCUACCAUCGCCUGGCGUCCGUCUACUACUGUCUGCAGCAGUACGAGCUGGCUGAGAACUACUACUUGAAGGCUCUGUCCCUGUCUCCUGCUGUCCUGGAGCAUGUGGUGGAGGCGCGCUACUAUGUUAAAGUUUACAGCCGACUGGCCAAUUUCACGCUGCACAAGCUGAAGGACGCGUUCGAUGCCAUGGGCUAUUUCCAGCUGGCUCUGGCAGCAGCACUAGAAGACAGAGGAAGCCCUCGCGCCCUGUACGUCAUCUACAUGAAACUGGCAGAGAUCCAUGCCAACCAUCUACCCGACCCUGAGCUGAGCCACAGCUACAUGGCCAGUGCGCAGAGUCUGAAGGGGGAGCUGGCUGACCACACGGGGUGCUGUGGCUCCGAGCAAGACUCGGCUAACGCGGAACGUUCCGACUCCGAGUCUCCCGACAUGUCCCGCCCUGACCUGGACUGCUCUGAGUCCAGCAGCAGGAGCGACACUUGCGUGAAAGACAUUAGUCUCGCUGCGCCUGACCAGACACAGACCGAACACACGGAGACCGAGUGUGCUGACCACAGCCGAGAAGAUCCAAUGGACGCUGGUCACCCAGAAGACAGCAGCCCUGACUCACAGGACACCAGCAGCAUUAAUCUGACAAACCACACCAGCCACAGUGGUCAGUGCAUGCAAAGUAUUGACUGAACCGAUUUGGGCAGGUUUGCUUGUCUUUGUAAUUUCUUUCUCCCACAAAGAGAGCUUCAUUAUGACAAUGAAAUAUUUAAAUGUCUUGUAUGUAUUAGUUUUGGUCAUAUAUUUAACAUUUCUUUCAAAUAUCGGAGGAAAUAUUUUCUGUUCUCUGAGAACUCUGAUUUUUUUCAGGGUCAUUAGCAUAAUUAUAUGAUAUGGAUAUGUAAAUAUAUGAUAUGGACAUGUAAAUUCAUGCUAUGGAUAUGUAAAUAUGCCUGUUGAUUCUUUAUUAUUCUUUAUCUGUAUUAUCUUUUUUCAUGUUAAAUUGAUCAGUCUUUAUUAUUUUUUCUACUUUUAAAUGGUUUUCAAAGCAGACGUAUUUAAAGUCACCAUUAAAUACCCAAACUAAAUUCUGA